AUGUAUUCUUUUGUUUCUGUGGGGAGCGUUAGUGCUCUCCUGUCGAUCCUUACGUCCACCGUCACAGCCAAACCGCUUGGCCCCCCAUUCUCUCUCGGAAACACGAUAUCUGUUGGAAUCGAAAUCGAGACCAACGAUGUCCAGUACACUCGCGAUGCUUACUGGCACGGCGAGACUUUCUUUGACAACUUCGACUUCUUGACCUCCAAGGAGUAUAUGCGUGAUCCGACGCUCAACCGCUCUGAUCCGACCAACGGAUUUGUCAACUACGUCGACGAGAGCACUGCGAUCAAUUCAAGCCUUCUAGAAAUUACUGGAAAUGGAAACCCGCGCUGGGGCGUUGACACGACCCACAAAUACAAGCUUGGGGCCGACUGGGGGAGGCCAAGCAUUCGACUUGAGAGCAAAGACAGCUGGACCCACGGUCUUUUCAUGGUCGAUAUCGCUCAUAUGCCAGGCCAGUCCUGUGGCGUAUGGCCUGCGUUUUGGACUCUUGGCUCCGGAGCCUGGCCAUACAACGGGGAAGUCGAUGUGCUGGAGGGAGUCAACCUGAAUCCGAAUAACCAGUUGACCCUGCACACGUCCGACAACUGCACUAUGGUCACGCCGCUGGGCUCGUCGCUUUCUCCAGUAACCGAUCCUCUCAACAAGACCUGGACUGGCAGCCCUUUUGCGUCUGGAGCCUGCUCGACCAACUACAGCUCCACCGGCUGCUACGCCAAGACCACGAUCCCAAACAACUACGGCGACGACUUCAACGCCAACGGCGGCGGCAUCUACACGAUGCAGUGGACCAGCCACUUCAUCAAGAUCUGGUUCUUCCCCCGCGACGACAUUCCUCCGGAGGCCCGGUCUGCCCUGAACGGCGAGUGCGACUCCCCCGACGUCUCCAAGUUCGGGCCGCCGCAGGCCAACUUUGUCGGCGGGCGCGGGUGCAACGUGGACGCGCACUUCAAGGAGCACCGCCUCAUUUUCGAUACCACUUUCUGUGGAGAUUGGGCCGGCAACGCCUGGCCGUCGACCUGCCCGUCCGUUGCCGGGAAGAAACCGUACGAGUCAUGCGCAAUCUACGUCGGAGCGAACCCCGAAAAGUACAAGGAGGCGUAUUGGGAGGUCAACUCGAUCACCGUCUUCAAGGAAAAGCUGGGGUACUAG